AUGUCAGAGGAUAUCAUCACCGAGAAGAACGAUGUUAAGCAUGCCGAGUUCGCAGAGCUCGAUGAAAUAGAUCCAGCUGCAGAGAAGAAACUACUACGGAAGGUGGAUCUUCACGUUGUUCCUGCUCUCUUCGUUCUGUUUUUGCUCGCCUUUCUCGACCGCGUCAACAUCGGAAAUGCCAAAAUUUUUGGUCUCGAAGAAGAAUUGCGAAUGACUGGCUCACAGUAUAUUCUUUUAGAGGUCCCAAGCAACAUUAUGAUACGGAAGAUUGCACCUUCAACUUGGCUCUGUGGUAUCAUGUUUCUCUGGGGGAUCGCGACGAUUGGCAUGGGUUUAAUUCGGAAUUUUGGUGGCUUGAUUGCCAUGAGACUUCUACUGGGAGCCUUUGAAGCAGGACUUUUUCCAGGAUGUGUCUACCUUAUAUCAAUGUACUACAAACGUCAUGAGCUUCAAUGGCGCAUGAGUCUAUUUUUCUCGGCUAGUAUUCUCGCUGGCGCAUUUGGCGGACUUUUGGCUUAUCUCAUCGCGAAUCUGGAUGGCAAAGGUGGCUAUGCUGGUUGGCGCUGGAUCUUCAUUAUUGAGGGUCUUUUGACAAGCGUGGUUGCCAUCUCUCUCAAAUACUUUGUUGUUGACUGGCCUGAGACUGCAAAGUUCUUGACUGAAGAAGAACGCGUUCUGCUCUCUCGGCGGCUGACCGCAGAUGUCGCAACAGCCAAGAUGGACCGUCUUGACCGUGCUGCGAACAAAAGAAUAUACGGCGACUGGAAGAUAUGGUGCGGCACCUUGAUGUACAUGGGAGCAUUGACAACAGGAUAUGCAUCGUCAUUCUUCCUUCCGACAAUCAUCAAAGAGCUUGGGUUUACUUCUACGGCUGCUCAAGUCCGCUCAAUUCCGAUAUUUGUUGUUGCGGCUGUCCUAUCUCUCACUGUAGGCUGGGUUGCAGACCGUGUUCGUCAUCGAUAUGCCUUUAUCAUGCUCGGGGUAGCAUUUGGUACGGUCGGCUACUCUAUUUGUCUAGGCCAAAAUGGUCUACCGAUUGGAGUGAAGUAUAUGGCCUGCUUUUUUAUCACCAGUGGUGGCUACAUGGCACAGCCUGUCACUUUAGUGUGGCUAUCAAACAAUGUUGGAGGUCACUACAAGCGAUCGAUAUCCUCGGCAUUGCAGGUUGGCCUUGGGAACUGUGGAGGAAUUAUCGCGUCCAAUGUCUUCAUAUCCAGUCAAGCACCUCUCUAUCCAAUCGGAUACGGGGUAAGCUUGGGUAUGCUUCUCAUGACGAGUAUCACAGCGACGGCUUUCUUGUUUGGCUUGAUUCACGAGAACAAAAUGAGGGAUCAAGGCAAAAGAGACUGGAGACUGAGAGAACCAGAUCGAGAGAUUGAGAAUAUGGGGGAUGAUCAUCCGCAUUUCAGAUUCACGAUGUAA